GUACUGCGGUACUACUACGAGGUAACACAAUAGUGCCCGCCCACGGGGAGGUUAAAGCCGAUUGGUUUGUACCUCCGGUGUCGCUGCCAUCUUUUCCCAAACAAACCCUCACAUGAUCAUCAUCACCGUUUAACCCGUCGAUUCAGCAGUCAGCGGCGGACCACCACGACCCGAGAAGAUGUCGCUGGUUGACCUGGGUAAAAGGUUACUGGAAGCAGCUCGUAAAGGUCAAGAUGAAGAAGUCAAGAUCCUGAUGGCCAACGGGGCCCCCUUCACUACAGACUGGCUGGGGACGUCUCCUCUGCACCUCGCCGCCCAACACGGCCACUACUCCACGGCGGAGGUCCUGCUGCGCGCAGGCGUCAGCCGGGACGCCCGCACCAAGGUGGACAGGACCCCGCUGCACAUGGCCGCCUCCAAGGGCCACACGGUGAUCGUGGAGCUGCUGGUCAGGAGCGGGGCGGAGAUCAACGCGAAGGACAUGCUGAAGAUGACUGCGCUGCACUGGGCGGCGCAGCACGCCCACCAGGGCGUGGUCCAGACGCUGCUGAAGCACGGCGCCGACGUCCACGCCCUCAGCAAGUUCGACAAGACGCCGUUCGACAUCGCCGUGGACAUCCAGCACACGGACCUGAUGCUACUGCUGCAGGAGGGCAUGCAGAGCCAGCUCAACUCGUCCUCCCAGCCUCAGUUCAUCAUCCAGGGGCUGUCGGGGCUCCAGGGGGGCGUGGUCAACCUGGCCGACCUGCUCAACAAGGCCGGCGCAGGGGAGACGGAGGAGUCCAUCGCCGCCAGCUCUCUGGACUCCAACAUCCACCACGCUGUGCUGAACGAGGCGGGGCAGCGGGUUAUCACCAUAGUAACGGACCAGCAUGGCAACCUGCAGACCACCGGCGGGAUGGGCCAGCCCUUCUUCGUCACCAUGCAGCACGGCCAGCAGAUGCUGGCGAUGCCAUCCACUACGAUGACAGAGGAGGUGGUGGAGGAGGAGCCUCAGCCCCCGCCCAGCAGGAAGAGGAAGUUUGAGACGAACAAUCACAAUGACUCAGGCGACACCGAGCUGCUCCAGAGGCAGCUGCAGGAGGCGAACCGGAAGGCGCAGGAGUACCGGACGCAGCUCCACCGCAAGGAGCAGGAGGCGGAGGAGUACCGCGUGAAGCUGGAGGCCAUGAGCCAGAGCAACGGCACCUCCUGCCUGCAGAGCCCGGAGGAGGAGGAGGAGGAGGAGGAAGAGGAGGGGGAGGGGGAGGAGGUGGAGGAGGUGGUGGGCGGGGAGGAGGUGGAGGAGGAGCAGGAGGUGGUAGAGGGGGAGGUGGAGGAGGAGGGGGAGAUGGUGGUGCUGCAGGAGGGCAGCAUCAUGAUGGAGGAGGAGGAGGGAGUGACACUAGUGGAGACCACCCAGGCCUCCUCCUAA